AUGCUGAGAUGGAACGUCAUUGAACAAUGCGAAAGUCCUUGGUUAUCUCCAGUUCUCAUCACUCCGAAGAAGAAUGGUGAAUGGCGUUUCUGCGUAGACAGCAGGAAGCUUAACUCAGUUACACGUCAUGAUGCUUAUAGUCUGCCACUAAUAAGCGAAAUUUUGGACAACCUGAGGAAUGCCAGAUACUUAUCAAGCAUCGACAUAGCGAAAGCAUUUUGGGAGAUUCCCUUGAAUCCUGCUGAUAAAGAUAAAACUGUAUUUUAUGUACCUGGCAGAGGUAUGUUUAAAUUCAAGCUAAUGUCUUUUGGUCUCACUAACUCACCUGCAACUCAGCAUAGAUUAAUGGAUAUGCUUUUUACUCCUGAAUUUGAGAACAAGGCAUUUUGCUAUCUGGAUGAAAUCGUUGUUAUUAGCGAGACUUUUGAUGAAUACAUAUCACUUCUCAUGAAAGUUCAUGAAAAACUUUCCUAUACUAAUCUGACUAUUAACUUUGAGAAGAGUCAAUUCUUCAGGAAAGAACUGAAAUACCUUGGUUUUCUAGUGGACGAGUAUGGUCUACGUGCUGAUCCAGAUAAAGUAAAAGCUAUUUUAGAAUAUCCUGUACCUACUUGCAGAAAAGAAGUACGAAGAUUCAUAGGCACCUGCAGCUGGUUCAGAAGAUUCAUUCCAAACUUUAGCACUAUUGCCUCUCCACUCAACCAACUAACCUGUUCCGGGAAGAACGCUCCUAAAUUUUUAUGGAAUUCACAAGCUGCAGCUCCUUUCGAGAAACUUAAAGAAGCUUUGGUAACUGCUCCUGUCCUUGCUUGCUCUAACUUCGAACUAGUCUUCUCUGUACAUUGUGAUGCAUCAAAUUAUGGCAUAGGAGCAACGCUUACUCAACAUCAAGAUGACAAAGAAGUCGUGAUUGCUGACAUGAGUAAAGCACACUAA